CUUUGGAAACACACACACACACACACACGCACACACACACACACAGAAAAGCUCACACGGACCAACGACGGCGAGAACAAGAGAGAAAGACGAAAGUCAGAAAGCCAGAUGAAAAAGUGGGGAAGCGAGCAGCGAGCCGAGCAAAGAGCAGAAUAUCACCUUUAGAGUCAUGCCGCUGCACAAAAGCACCCGGGCGCCUCGCCUGGACCCCACCAUGAUCUCAGCCCCGCUGGGAGACUUUCGCCACACCAUGCACAUCGGGAGAGGGGGCGACGCCUUCGGGGACACCUCCUUCCUGUCCACCCUCGGCCCGGGCUCCGCCAGCCCCGAGCCCGAGAGUCCGGGCACGAGCCCGACCGCCGACCUUCAGGUGGCCGUCGACCGCGGCGAGCUGUACACGGAUGGUCCGGGAAGCCCUCAGAACCAUGAGCUCCAGCACUCUGAGUCGGUGUCUUCGUUUGACCUGGACCUGGAUCUCGGCCCGUCCAUGCUGGGAGACGUGCUUGGGGUGAUGGACGGUCUGGGGUUGGACUGCGACGAGGAGGGCGUGCUCCAUCCCAAAAGUGGCACGUCCUUGGUGGAAACCAACCAGGGAAAAGGGCGCGUGGACAUGCGCUUGAACACGCAGAACGAGCUGAACGGGAGGAACUCGGCUGGGUUGGAUGGAGACCAGGUGGGAGACGGCAGGACGCCGGAUGCGAACGGGAUCAAGCAAAAGGGCUCGCGGCCAAAAGUACGAUUCAGUGACAAACGCGAGGAGAUAAUACGGCGGGCGUCUGAAGAGGAGGAGGGUCAGGGGGUCGACUUCCAGGACGAGGAUCAGUCGGCGUGCCGCAGUCCGACGAGGGCUGACGGCGCGGUGGUCGAAACGGAGUUCAACAACCACAAAGUGGAUCUGCCUCCCAGUCCGGCGUCGUCGCACAGCUCAGAGUACGAAGGAGUCACCGCGCUGGACCGGAGGAGGGUCGACAGCUGCCACUCAGAGACUGAUUCAGAGGAGGAGGAGGGACGGGGCUACACGUUUGAAGAUGAGUUUGAUGACGAAAUCGGUCUAUAGGGCAUAGGUGCCGCUUUGCCUUUAAAAUAGAUAUUUGCUGUCGACUAAAUCAAGUAGACUGUAUUUUCUUAAACUCGUAACUCAAGUGCCAUUUGAAUGGGAGGCGUAAACGGACUUCAACUGGAUUUUGAAAAGAAGAAUUUAGUUUGACGAUGUUGCCCAACUGGAAAAAGCAUUUUAUGGUUUGUCUUUAAGUGUAACAGAUUUGCAAUAGACUGUCCUCUUGCUCAGAAAGAUCAGUGCAUCGGUGAAAGGUUUGUAGCACUUUGAUUUAUUUUUAUUGACUCGGUUUCUUAAAACAGACUAAGGUAAUGAUGCUUGUGUCAUCUAUUUCUACACAACAUUGUACUUUUUGUCAUAGUGCCUUAAAGAGAGCGGUUUUCUUACACUAUUGUACCAUGUUAAUGUUUUUAUAGUUAUUUCUCAUACUGCAUGUUUUAUUACAACGGGUCUUCUCUUGUUUAUUGUAUUCAACAAACGUCAUGGUUUCCAGAGAAAUAAGGAUUAGUCAGACGUUUGCAUGUUCCUGGUCCACAUCGGUUUAAAACAUCAGGUUUCCAAAAAUCUUAUCUGUGAGGCUGGACUAAUACUACAGCGCUGAGACAAUCACAGGAUUUUAAAAGGUCAAUUGUAUAUCGUGACCAGCGAUGUAUUUUGUUCAUGUUGUUUGCUUUUAUAAUGCUUUUACUUUGAAAUGUUUUUAUUUUUUAUUUCAUAAUACUGUAUGAGGGAGAAACCUGUUGAAAAUGCUGGUUCAAACAUCACUGUUGUGAAAUAAAACAAAUAUUGGGAUUUUAAACUAUUUCAUCAGCCUUGGCCACGACUGUAUUUUCUUUAGAAAUGUGUCCUGAAAUACCUGAAAUAAAAAAGGUAAAUUCUUUGCCUCAA